AUGCCUCUCGAUCAUACUGGUGUCAUUGUCAACAAGGACCUCUUCGAAAAGACGGUCACUUGGUAUGAAAACGCCCUCAAGCCCAUCGGCUACAGCAAGACCAUCGACCACAAGGUCGCCGUCGGUUUCGGCGAGGGCAAGGGACGCGCCGACUGGUGGGUGGCGUGCCAGCAGACCACCAACACCGGCACCCACCAUGCCUUUUCGGUCCAGACCCGCGCUCUCGUCGACGAAUUCCACAAGGCUGCCGUCGAGGCUGGCGGCACGGACAACGGCGCACCGGGCUUGAGGCCUAUGUACCAUCCCAACUACUAUGGCGCCUUCGUCAGGGACCCCGCCGGCAACAACAUUGAGGCUGUAUGCCACCUGCCCGAGCCUGCCAUUUAA